AUGACCGAUUUCGAGUACUCCGACAUUAAUCCCGCGAAUGAACUUGAAAAAAGGAUCGCUGAUGCAUUUCUAAUUUUCGACCAUCACGGCAAUAGAACGGUGGAUGUUCGGGAAAUUGGAACUAUUUUGCGGUUUCUGGGUUGCGUUCCCACCGAGGCGGAUGUGAAUGAAGUAAUCUCAGCCACGGAGUUUGAAGAUUCGAAUGGCACUGUACAUUUGUCCAAAUUCUUACCGUACGUUAGCCAACUGAUAGCUGAGCACAAAAUGGAACCGGCUCCGCCAGAAAAGUUGCUUAAGGCCUUCCGUGUACUGGAUCAAGAGGGCAAAGGGUUCGUCGACAAGGAGUAUAUGACAAAGCUUAUCACCGAAGAAGGGGAACCGUUCACUGUGGAGGAGCUGGAGGAAAUGAUGGCUGUUGCUGUAGACAUGGCCACCGACAAGAUUGCCUACGAGCUGUAUCUAAAUCAAUUGUUGGUGGAUUUCUAAAAUAGCAGACCAUUCGAGUUAAAUAAAAAUCAUCUUUGGUUCAACAAA